AUGAAUUUCCUCAAGAGAAUUACUUCACGCAAGUCCUCGCUACCGGCUAAUGGCGACUUGCCCACAUAUCGCACCGAAAACGCACUGGAGGUUCUGAGGGAAUAUGAUAUUGUUUUCCUUGUCGAUGACUCUGGAUCUAUGGCAGGAUCGCGUUGGAACGAAGCCAGCACAGCACUAGCAGGAGUAGCAGGAAUCGCUUCUCAGUACGAUCCUGAUGGCAUCGAUAUCUAUUUCUUGAACUCGCAAGCUGGGGGACCUCAUAUGCAGACGCCUGGAGAGGUUACAAAGCUUUUUCAGGAUGUUCAACCGUGGGGUCCGACCCCUACCGGCCGGAGGCUCGACAUGCUCCUGACAGAUUAUAUCAACAAGAUCGACUAUGCCCGCUCUACGGGUGGAGUAUACCCCAAGCCGGUCAACUUUAUUGUGAUAACGGACGGUGUGCCGACUGAUGAUCCAAGAGAAGUUAUCAUCCGGGCUGCGCGCCGUUUGGACGCAAACAAUGUGCUUCUCAGUCAAGUGGGAAUACAGUUCAUUCAGGUCGGCGAUGAUUCUGGAGCUUCCAGAGCACUCAAAGAAAUGGACGAUAAACUUGGACCCAGGCAUGGGAUUCGCGAUAUGGUGGAUACCACACCGUACAAGCGCAAGCGCCUAACUGAAGAACGAAUCGUUAAAAUUUUGUUGGGUGGCAUUAACAGGCGUGUGGACAACAUGGGCGGAGCUGCCGUGUUGCAUCCCUAA